AUGGACACCGCAACGACCACAGGCCGGCCGGGCCAGGCCCACUCUUCGAAAUGGCGGUACUGGGCCGACAAGCUCGCGGUCGAGUCGGAGCCCGGGCUGACGAGCGCGCAACUGAUGCUGACGAACUAUGACCUGAAACCACGAACCAGCGUCGAGCCCGAGAGACGCCAAUGGGGCCCCUGGAACUUCGUGGCCUUCUGGGUUGCCGACUCGUUCAACGUCAACACGUGGAUGAUAUCGUCGUCCAUGAUCGUCAGCGGGCUCUCGUGGUGGCAGUCGUGGCUGUGCGUCUGGAUCGGCUACGCCAUCGCCGGCGCCUUCAUCUGCCUGACGGGCCGCAUCGGCGCCGUCUACCACAUCGGCUUCCCCGUCGUGAACCGGUCCUCGUUCGGCAUCUGGGGCAGUCUGUGGCCCGUCUUCAACCGCGCGGCCAUGGCGUGUAUUUGGUACGGCGUGCAGGCCUACAUCGGAGGCCACUGCGUCUAUCUCAUGAUCCGGUCCAUCUGGAAGUCCUGGGACCGCAACGAGAUCCCCAACACGUUCCCCGAGGACUCGGGCACGCGCACCGCCGACUGGGUCUCCUUCUUCAUCUUCUGGCUCUGCUCGCUGCCGGCCAUCUGGUUCCCCGUCCACAAGAUCCGCCACCUGUUCACCGUCAAGUCCUACGUCGUCCCCUGCGCCGGCGUCGCCUUUCUCGUCUGGGCCGUCGUCCGCGCCGGCGGCGUCGGCCCCAUCGUCCGGCAGCCGGCCAAGCUGCAGGGCAGCGCGCUCGCGUGGGAGUUCGUCAAGGGCGUCAUGUCGUCCAUCGCCAACUUCGCCACGCUCAUCGUCAACGACCCGGACUUCUCGCGCUUCGCCGGCAAGCCCCGCGACGCGCUGUGGUCCCAGCUCAUCACGAUCCCCGUCGGCUUCGCGCUGACGUCCUUCAUCGGCAUCAUGGUCUCGUCCUCGUCGACCGUCAUCUACGGCGAGGAGAUCUGGGACCCGCUCGACCUGCUCGAGCGGUUCAUCGACGACGGCGGCUCGGCCCAGCGCUUCGGCGUCUUCGUCAUCGCCGCCUCCUUCGCCCUCGCCCAGCUCGGCACCAACAUCGCCGCCAACUCCGUCUCGGCCGGCACCGACAUGACGGCCCUGCUGCCCCGGUGGAUCAGCAUCCGCCGCGGCGGGUACAUCUGCGCCGCCGUCGGCCUCGCCAUGUGCCCGUACACGCUGCUCACCUCGUCCAACCAGUUCACCACCUACCUGUCGUCCUACAGCGUGUUCCUCAGCUCCAUCGCCGGCGUCAUGUGCUCCGACUACUACCUCGUCCGCCGCGGGUACCUCGAAAUCAAGGAGCUGUACGACGCGCGCAAGACGGGGCCCUACUACUUCACCUACGGCUUCCACUGGCGCGGCUACGUCGCCUACGUCGCCGGCAUCCUCAUCAACGUCGUCGGGUUCGCCGGCGCCAUCGGCCGCGACGUGCCCGCGGCGGCCACCUACAUCUACAACCUCAACUUCUUUGGCGGCUUCAUCGUCUCGAGCGGCGUCUACUGGGGCCUCUGCAAGCUGUCGCCGAUCCCGGCCUGCAGCGACAGGUGGAUGGAGGUCGGAGACGAGAUCGACGACGUCCGCGUUGCCUACGGCGCCGACAGCCAGGACUUUGACGAGGAGGCCGUCACUGGUUACUCCAAGGGUAUGGAUGAUGGAGCGAAGCGGAUUUGA